AUGAGUACUCGCCAGUACGGCUUUAUGCCCCAGAAGAGCACGGAAGACUCUCUCUAUACGCUUAUAAGGCACAUACGAUCCAAGCUCGAGGAGAAGAAACUCAUAACCCUCGUGUCUCUGGAUAUAGAGGGAGCCUUCGAUAGUGCCUGGUGGCCCAAAAUAAAAGUACGACUGGCUGAGGAAAGGUGUCCGGCAAACCUGAGAAAGGUCCUUGAAAGUUAUUUGAGUGAGAGAACCGUGAGUGUGAGGUAUGGGGGCGCGGAGUACAAAGCUGAAACCGAAAAGGGAUGUGUCCAGGGGUCAAUCGGUGGUCCCAUACUAUGGAACCUGCUGUUAGAUCCACUAUUGAAAGGGUUAGAGGAUAGAGGACAUUACUGCCAGGCCUUCGCCGAUGACGUAGUACUGACGUUUGACGGCUGCACAGCACGGGAGAUCGAAGGACAGGCCAAUGCCGCCCUCGAGUAUGUUCGGGCGUGGGGGGUCAUGAAUAAGCUCAGAUUCGCACCGCAGAAGACCAACGCAAUGCUGGUGACGCGGAAGCUGAAGCAUGACACUCCGCGCCUGACCAUGGGCGGGGUCGACAUUGGCAUGUCAAAGCAGAUUAAGUUACUAGGUCUCACCAUUGACAAUACACUUACAUUUAACACUCACGUCGGCAACGUCUGCUCCAAAGCCGUAGCGGUCUAUAAACAGUUAUCUAGGGCCGCGAGAGUGAGCUGGGGUCUACAUCCAGAAGUGAUACGCAGCAUAUACACCGCGGUGGUAGAGCCUAUCGUCUUGUACGCGGCAAGCGCUUGGGCGCCGGCGUCCAACAAACAGUGUGUGAGGUCCAAGCUGAACAGUGUCCAGCGAAGCUUCGCCCUGAAGAUGUGCCGCGCAUAUCGCACGGUAUCCCUAAACUCGGCACUGGUGCUGACUGGGAUACUCCCCUUGGACCUGCGUAUACAGGAGGCUGCCUCGCUCUAUGAGGCCCGAAGGGGAGUAUGCCAUCCAGCGCUGGCGGGUGGGGAGAUCGAGCGUGUUGCAUCGGCACUCCAGAUGCCGCACCCAGCAGAACAGGGAGCGAUAGAGCUUCGUCACCUGGUGGACGAGGAACAAUACCGGGCCAAUUGCGACUCCGAAGUCCGCAUCUUUACGGAUGGCAGCAAGAUAGAGGGAAAGGUCGGAGCCGCGCUCUCCAUCUGGACUGGCGUGGCGGAGACGAAAACCCGAAAGCUUGCAUUGCCAUCCUACUGCACCGUCUACCAGGCCGAGCUUCUCGCCCUCUGUGAAGCCACUCGGGAGGUCCUGAAGAGUAGAAAAACCAGCUUUGCCAUAUACAGCGACUCUAUGGCAGCCCUCCUUACAGUCGUGAACCCCGGAGCCCUCCAUCCUCUUGCCGUGGAAUCCAGAGACGCCCUUUACAACUGUCAUAUCCAGAACAAGAGCGUCUCCUUGUUCUGGAUAAAAGCUCACGCGGGGUUGGAGGGUAACGAGAGAGCCGACUCGCUCGCAAAGGAGGCUGCCCUAAAGUCCAAACGCAAGCCGGACUAUGAUAUGUACCCGGUAUCAUUCGUCAAGCGUUUUAUCCGAAUGGAUACGCUUGACGAAUGGAACCGGAGAUACAGCACGGGGCACACAGCGUCCACCACCAAGCUGUUCUUCCCGAGUGCGGUUGAGGCGUACAGGACGAUACGGAAACUGGGUAUCACCAAGGAGUUGACACAGGCUCUAACGGGGCACGGCGGGUUCUCCGAGUACCUGACUCGAUUCAAGUGCAAGGACAACCCGGCGUGCGCCUGCGACCCUAGCAUAGCUGAAACUGUUUCCCACAUCUUGGUGGACUGCCCUGUUCAUGGUCAAGACAGAUUCAACCUAGAACAGCUUACCAUCUUCGCCAGAAACCUUGAGUCAUUCGUUGACAAACCAAUCUGCAAUCUCAACAGCAACACUCGAGCUUUCGACAUCAAAGAGUUCAGCAAGCUGUCGGGCAGCUCCCACAAAAGUGGUGCCAUUAUCACUCCAGACUUCGGCUAUAUGACCCCUUCUGGCUACAAACCUCUUAAAGGCCGCCAAAAAUGA